AUGGAAAAUGAGAGAGGUGACUGUGAUAGUGGAAGUGAGAGGGAGGAGAGACUGAGUGCCAGUGGAGCAGCUCCUGCACUGGGCCCUGACCUGACAGUCAUUAGUGUGACUCACACAAGGCUGAGGUCAUGCUAGUUCGUCAUCCCUCCAGCACCAUCACCAUUCACAAAGCCCCACUCGCCCACUCUCUCACUCUAACUCAGUGGAACAGAACACAAUAGACACACAUGAAGCAGAACAUGAGUGCUGUACUGUACCGUAUACUGGCUGUAGCCCCCCCCCCCCCCCCUCCCCCUGGGCUGACAUCCCAGAGCCAGAGAUUAUGUGUCAGUCAGUCUCACUAUGCUGCUGGGGUUGACUGCAUCACAGGCAGAUUAGAUGACUGCUUGCUAGGCUGCAUAUGAUGGAUGGAUAUGCUGCACAUUCACGGCAGAUAUAUCUAUGUCAGGGUGUCUAUGGGUUGUGUUUCUUAGCAACCAGAUUACCUCUCACUCUUAAAUCAGUAACUGUAGUUGGUUGGUGGUGGUGUUUGGUGCACUAACAAACCCCUUGAUUUCUCUCCUCCUCACCAGAGUCUGUGUAUAACCUCCUCCCUAAGGAGCUCCAGCUGCAGCCAUCCUCCUCCUCCCAGACAGACGCACCCACCAUGAGCCAGAAGAGUGGGGGAGAGGCCGGACCGCCCCCUUCUGCAGCCAUGGCCUCAGGUAAGCCCUUCACUCUGACCCCACCAGCCUGACCUAGGAUCAGAUUACUCUGUCCGCAUCCUCACCUAGAUCAUUAGGAUGCAGAACAUAAGACUGACCUUAGUUCAAUGUCUAGUCGAAAACUUCACCCUAGUUUACUUCAGUGUGUGCCUGUGGGGCAGUUGGUGCUAGUGUUGGUGUAUUCUGGGAAAUUGAGUUUUCACCUCUGUAGGGUAAAUGUGGGCCAUGGUUACUGUAGACAGGACAGGUGUGAGAGAGUGGGAAUACAUAUUGUUUUGUUUGAAUGAACGAACAUGGCCUUGGUCUAUAUAUUAUUUUAUUUGCAUUAGCCUAUAGCUAAAGUCAUAUUAGGCUGGUAUUGCUUGCAAUCUGUCUCUCUCGGGUCUAAUCAAAAAUGGAUAAAAAAUUGUUUUGUUUUCUUUCGAUUGUCCUACGUUUUCAUCUCUCUUAGAUGGAGCAAUGUAAAUUAGCCCCACCACUAGAGACAACCUUACUGUCCGUUUUUGUUCUUAGAUGAUGAGAACAGGUUAAAAGAGCUAGGCUAUAAUUAGCAAAGCAGUUAUUGUGUCCUUUUAGCACUUCUGAAUUAGCACGCCUGUCUGAAUCUGUCUGCGAUAGACUUUCUGUGAAGAUAAAAUUACAUACACACACACAAACACACACACAUAGUCAUGUAGACCAGCAUAAAGAAAACAUCUCAUGAUAUCUCAAGAGAUGGCAUUUAUAUUAGAUCAGAAAAACAAUAUGUUGUGUCACUUCAGCAUGGUUGGGCUAUUAAAGGGAUACUUGGGGAUUUUGGCAAUGAGGCUCUUUAUCUACUUCCCCAGAGUCAGUUGAACUCCUGGAUACCAUUUGUAUGUCUCUGUCUCACUGUUCUACAUGACUCAGUGUGUUUUUUUUACGGCAGAGUAUUCAUACCUUUUAGCACAGGAAGCUGACUGAACUCAGUAGUCAUGAGGCUGCUGUCAUUAUGCACAGUAACCCAGGAUUAGGUAGAAGUUGACCCUAUAACCACUGGUAGAGGCUCAGAUAAUUCUCAACCCCUUUAAUGGUUACUGCUAGGAUUGGGGUGUAGGGUAGACUGGUCCCAGAUCUAUAUGUGUUUUAGCCAAUUCUUCUGACUCUUGUAGUCAUGCCAUACAUGAACCAGGCUAGGGUAAUCUGAUUCUAGAUCUGUGGUUAGGGACAGCUUCUACCACAAGUUCAUUUUCAGAGUUGGAGAGCUGGCUUCAUGCUAGCCCAAGCAAGCACUACAUGCAUCAUCAUGUUAUCCAAAGACACUUAAAUAAACAAAGGAUCAGCUAUCCUCAAACAGUAUUUACAGUGAGGGAAAAAAGUAUUUGAUCCCCUGCUGAUUUUGUACGUUUGCCCACUGACAAAGACAUGAUUAGUCUAUAAUUUUAAUGGUAGGUUUAUUUGAACAGUGAGAGACAGAAUAACAACAAAAUAAUCCAGAAAAACGCAUGUAGAAAAUGUUAUAAAUUGAUUUGCAUUUUAAAGAGGGAAAUAAGUAUUUGACCCCUCUGCAAAAAAUUAGUACUUGGUGGCAAAACCCUUGUUGGCAAUCACAGAGGUCAGACGUUUCUUGUAGUUGGCCACCAGGUUUGCACACAUCUCAGGAGGGAUUUUGUCCCACUCCUCUUUGCAGAUCUUCUCCAAGGCAUUACGGUUUUGAGGCUGACGUUUGGCAACUCAAACCUUCUUCUCCCUCCACAGAUUUUCUAUGGGAUUAAGGUCUGGAGACUGGCUAGGCCACUCCAGGACCUUAAUGUUCUUCUUCUUGAGCCACUCCUUUGUUGCCUUGGCUGUGUGUUUUGGUUCAUUGUCAUGCUGGAAUACCCAUCCACAACCCAUUUUCAAUGCCCUGGCUGAGGGAAGGAGGUUCUCACCCAAGAUUUGACGGUACAUGGCCCCAUCCAUCGUCCCUUUGAUGCGGUGAAGUCGUCCUGUCCCCUUAGCAGAAAAACACCCCCAAAGCAUAAUGUUUCCACCUCCAUGUUUGACGGUGGGGGUGGUGUUCUUGGGGUCAUAGGCAGCAUUCCUCCUCCUCCAAACACGGCGAGUUGAGUUGAUGCCAAAGAGCUCGAUUUUGGUCUCAUCUGACCACAAAACUUUCACCCAGUUCUCCUCUGAAUCGUUCAGAUGUUCAUUGGCAAACUUCAGACGGCCCUGUAUAUGUGCUUUCUUGAGCAAGGGGACCUUGUGGGCGCUGCAGGAUUUCAGUCCUUCAUGGCGUAGUGUGUUACCAAUUGUUUUCUUGGUGACUAUGGUCCCAGCUGCCUUGAGAUCAUUGACAAGAUCCUCCCGUGUAGUUCUGGGCUGAUUCCUCACUGUUCUCAUGAUCAUUGCAACUCCACAAGGUGAGAUCUUGCAUGGAGCCCCAGGCCGAGGGAGAUUGACAGUUCUUUUGUGUUUCUUCCAUUUGCGAAUAAUCGCACCAACUGUUGUCACCUUCUCACCAAGCUGCUUGGCGGUGGUCUUGUAGCCCAUUCCAGCCUUGUGUAGGUCUACAAUCUUGUCCCUGACAUACUUGGAGAGCUCUUUGAUAUUGGCCAUGGUGGAGAGUUUGGAAUCUGAUUGAUUGUUUAUUUCUGUGGACAGGUGUCUUUUAUACAGGUAACAAACUGAGAUUAGGAGCACUCCCUUUAAGAGUGUGCUCCUAAUCUCAGCUCGUUACCUGUAUAAAAGACUCCUGGGAGCCAGAAAUCUUUCUGAUUGAGAGGGGGUCAAAUACUUAUUUCCCUCAUUAAAAUGCAAAUCAAUUUAUAACAUUUCUGACAUGCGUUUUUCUGGAUUUUUUUGUUGUUAUUCUGUCUCUCACUGUUCAAAUAAACCUACCUUUAAAAUUAUAGACUGAGUCAUGACUGAUCAGCUCUUGUUGUUCAUUGGCUGUCUCGUUUGUAUUGCAGGAAAUUCCCUCCCUCUGAGGAAGGGGGCGUCUGCAUAUAAAAUGGCCUGCAGGUCACUGCUCCAUAGGUCAGAGCCUUGUUUAUUCUGUUGCCAUGGCUACGCUCAGUCCCAACCCAAUCCUCCAAUUGGCAUGCUCAGACCGCUGUAUAGGCCGAAUACUGUAUGCACAAACUGCUCUAGCCCCCAUUUACAUUUAAUUUGGCACCGCAUCAUUAGUUUGCAAAUUUGGCUGUUAAGAGGAAAGUCUGACUGACCAGAUGUUUUAUUUAAUUUUUGGGGGCAAUGUAUGUAACAAUUUUAAAAGCUUGCUUUAGUUUUUUCUAAACACAGCAUGUCAGUUUUGUCAUGUUGAUUUUUAUUGAGCAAGUUUUUGUAGGAAUCAAACAUUCAAUUGGGGGGAACAUGGGGCCUAUUUGUACCAUUCUCAACUUUAACUUCAGAAAAUUUGCCCGACACCAGAGAGCUCUGGUAUGCACAGUGAGGGCAUUUAGCCACACAACAAACCAUGACAAAUGAAUUUAGAGUUGGGAAGAGGGAAAACUCUGGACAAAUCAUGCACAAAUUCAGCUGCGUGAAUGGGACUGCUAGCCUGCUCUGUAUUGACAUCCAUACUAACAUUGUGAUCGUUCCACAUUCUAUCCAGAUGCCACCUCAUCUAGCCCUUCUCCAUCCUCCUCUUUGGCCAUGGACCAGCCCAAGCCUCCUCUCCUCCUCCAACACCAUCCCAGCGGUGCCCCCAGAGAGGUGUCCGGAGCCCCAGAAGGAUCAGAGAUGCAAGGCAUGGAGGGAGCUCUGUCUGCCCCUGAAGGUGGAGACGGCAGUGAGACCAGCUCUGGAACAGGAGGAGGAGACCCAGGAGCACCAGGGGCAGUGGGGGUGGGAGCCCAGCAGCAGCAGCCCCAGAACACCCCCUCUAAGCGGAGGCCAGUGUUGAGCAUCUCCCCCCCUCCAGAGGACUUGUUUGAUGACAGCAGUAUGUCCUGCCAGGAGGAUCCAGCCCCGGCCGGGCCAGCAGGCCCAGACUCAGAACAUAGCAGCAGCAUCUGGGCUGACGACUCGGCCUCCAACUUCAGCCUGAUCAGCUCCAGCUCCUACAACGACAACACAGAGGUCCCCCGCAAGUCCCGUAAACGCACCCCCCGCCAGCGGCCCGGGCCCAGGCCUGCACCCCCAGAGGACAGCAUGGAUGUGUUUGAUGCAGACAGCGCCAAGGCCCCACACUUUGUCCUGUCUCAGCUGGGCCCAGACAAGGCCAGCCCCAAGCCCAGGUAGGUUGAAUAGAAUGCUAGUCUUCUUUUAAUGUAUCUUUGCUAAGAACAUGAGGAUUUAAGUUGACAUACCAUUGACUCUGUUGCACACACAGCAAAGCAGAGUCAUCACCUGAUGUUCUGGAGGCCUAAUAAAGAGUGUGUUGUGUGUUCUCCAGUUCUCUGGAGGCUGGGUGCAUGCUGAAGGGAGGCCUUGCUGUCAGGUCAGUAUCCCCAGAAGAGUGAGGGCAAGGAGCUGAAGAUCCUGGUGCAGCCAGAGACCCAGCACCGGGCACGCUACCUAACCGAGGGCAGCCGCGGCUCUGUCAAAGACCGCACACAACAGGGCUUCCCCACGGUCAAGGUGAGCAACACUUUAAAUUUUAUUUUUAACCAUUGGUUAGUCGUAUACAAUUGUGCUAAGUUGUGUUUGGUUGAGCUGUGUUGCACUCUACUCACCAUCUUCUCCCCUUCUCUCUCCAGUUAGAGGGCGUCAGUGAGCCGGUGGUGCUGCAGGUGUUUGUUGCCAGUGACGCAGGCAGAGUGAAGCCUCAUGGGUUCUACCAGGCCUGCAGGGUGACAGGACGCAACACCACAGCCUGCAAGGAGGUGGACAUCGAGGGAACCACCGUCAUAGAGGUCCCUCUGGAGCCCAGCAGCACCAUGUCACUUGCGUAAGGGCCUCAUUCAUUGAGUUAAUGAACAUUGAAACAUUGGUGAAAUAUCAGUGUGUUAUUUAAGCAAUAAGGCACGAGGGGGUGUGGUAUAUGGCCAAUUUACCACGGCUAAGGGCUGUUCUUAGGCACGACAGCUCCAACCACCCAGUUUAUAAUGUUUCUUUCAUCAUCUGAACAUUCUGUAACGUUGAAUCUUUACAGGGUUGAUUGUGUGGGGAUCCUGAAGCUGCGUAACGCGGACGUGGAGGCUCGUAUCGGUGUGGCCGGGUCCAAGAAGAAGAGCACCCGGGCCAGGCUGGCAUUCAGGGUCAACAUCCCCCAGCCUGACGGGUCUGUCCUCACCCUGCAGACCACCUCGUCACCCAUCCUCUGCAGUGAGUCAACCAACUAUCACCCUAUUCAUACAAACACAAAUAACUAUCAGGUAUGUGUAUGUGCUUGUUUGAUGUUCAUUAAAUUCCUUAGGUUCUUGUUAGGCUGGAACAAAAGCUGGCACACCACUUAGUUUCAAUAGUAGGGUUUUGUGAACAGCAAUUCUGCACACUCUGCUUUGUGCAUGUCCUUCCCCAGCCCAGCCAGCGGGGGUGCCAGAGAUCCUGAAGAAGAGUCUCCAUAGCUGUUCAGUGAGAGGAGGAGAGGAGCUCUUCAUCAUAGGGAAGAACUUCCUCAAAGGAACCAAGGUCAUCUUCCAGGAGAACCCAGCCGGUACCAGCACCAACCUGCCCGUCUUCCUCCUUUCUUCCCUGUCCUCUUUUCCUUUUGUUCACAUCCCUUUCUUCCUCUCUCUGUGGUGUCUGUGAUGUCUCCUCAUAGUGACGAUGUUGAGAUACAUUUAUAAAAAAUGAUUGAUUAAUGAUAUUGAUUCCUUUUCUUUCCAGAUGAUAACUCGUGGCAGGCCGAGGCAGAGAUUGACAUGGAGCUGUUCCAUCAGGUAGCCCAUUGAUAUCGAUGCAUGAAAGGGAAAGGGGGAUACCUAGUCAGUUGUACAACUGAAUGCAUUUAACCCAACCAGAAUCAGAGAGUAAUGCAUACGGAUCAUGAGCUGACUGUCCUAAUCCUAAUGAUGUUGUUCUGUUUUCUCCAGAACCAUGUGGUCGUGAAGGUUCCUCCGUACCACAGCCUGUCUGUCUCCUCUCCUGUCUCUGUGGGUGUCUACAUCAUGACCAACGCCGGGAGGUCACAUGACAUCCAGCCCUUCACAUAUACCCCAGACUCAGGUGUGUGCACUGAUACCUUCCUUCAGUGUUUGGAUAGAGGGAGUAAGAGAUGGGUUGAAGAAGGGAGUGAUGAAGGUUUGAGUAAUGGUAUGGUGUGUAUAUAUAGAAACAGUGUGUUUGUUUCUCUCAUGGUCAAGCUGUGUUUCUGUUCUGUCCCACAGCAGAAAACUCCCUGAACAUGUCUGUGAAGACAGAGGGCUCUUCUCUGGUCAAGGCCUGCACCUUCCAUGACCAGAUCAAUUCUCUGGUCUCUGACCCUGCCCAGUCUGCUGGUGAACUGGUCAAACGACAGGAGGUCACACCUAUGGAGGUCUCCAGCAAUACCCCAUCCAAAGCACUCUUCAAGGUAGGAACAAUAUACAGAUCGUAUUUAACCAAGGAUCCUUGUAUGUACAUUUAUUAUCAGAUGGUUUUGCUGGGACAUCACUCUUUAGUUGUAUCAAUCAAAGAAAACAUCUGGAUCCAGAGUCAUUGGCCAACUUUUAGGGGAGUGUGUAGAUUUUAGAAAAUACCUCUAUUCAAAAUUAUUCUCUCUUUUUGUCUUCUCCCUCAGCAACCCUCUGACACCCUUAUCUUAGUCCAGCAGACCCUUGACCUGAGCUCCAGCGCCCCGCCUAGCAAUGAGUCCUUCCCUAGCCCCAUGCCCCUCCAGCCUGGGGACGUGGACCUCCCUCAGGCCCCCGUCUUUCCCUCCCUGGAGCCCCUCGGCACCAUCCAGAAGCAGGACAUCGCCCCCAUCACCUCCUUCCCUGUCUCCAGCGACACUACCACCCUCCCCCCUGUCCCCCCAGAGGUACCCCAGCAGUUCCUCCGGGACCCCCAGGAGAGCCUGCCUCAAGAGGCCUCCAGCUCCAGCAGCGGGGUGAUGGUAGUAGGAAUGUCCCAGAUGGCGCCCCCCUCCCAGGCCCCCCAGCUGGAGAGGGCGGUAAGGGAGCUCCAGGCGGGGGGCAGCAGCCUGGUACAGCAGGUUCUAGAGGCAGCAGUGGCCCAGCAGCAACUCAACUCAGUGUUGUACAGCCCCACGCCCUCCACUGACACCCUGCAGCAAAACGUACAGGACACCAUGAACAGCCUGAGACUGGGGUGCACUGAGGGCUCUCUGGCCACACAACAACACCUACAGAUACAACAACAACAGCAGCAGCAGCAGAUACAACAACAGUUGCAACAACAGCAGAUCCUUGGCAACAUGCAACAGCAGCAGCAACAGAUACAGCAGCAGCAACAGAUACAGCAACAGCAGCAGCAACAGUUACAUCAACAGCAACACCAAGUCCUUGGCAACAUACAGCUACAACCACAAUUAUUACUACAGCCACAGGAUCAACAACUGCAACAGCAACAACAGAUACUGGGGAACCUACAACAGCAACAAUUACAACAUCAACAGUUUCAACAACAGCAGCAGCAGGUCCUAGGCAACAUACAGCUACAGGAUCAACAGCAACUACUGGGCAACCUACAACAACAAAACCAAGCAGUAGGCAACAUGCAACAGUUACAACAGCAGCAGCAGCAGCAACAACAACAGUUACAACAGCAGCAGCAACAACAACAACAGUUACAACAGCAGCAGCAACAACAACAACAGUUACAACAGCAGCAGGUGUUGGAGAACUUCCAGCAGCAGCUCCAGGCUGAGCUCCUCCAGCCCCAGAUCCACUGCUCGUCUCAGCCCCAGCAGCAGCAGCCUGUGUCUCUCCUCCAGCAGGCUGGGGAGCUGCUCACCAUCCAGACCUCCAGCUUCCCCCAGCAGCCCCCCUCCCACACCUCUCCCCCCCAGCAGCUCCUCCAGUCCCCCAGGCCUCUGUCGGAGACCCCCAGCCCACAGCACCAGGUCCAGGCCGCCCUGCUUCAGAACACUUUGACUGUGCUGACCAGUGGUAGCCUAGAUCAUGAGCAGCAGGUCACGGGGUCAACACUUUUCCUCUCUCCCAACACACUCUCUAACCAGGGUAGUCAGCAACAGCUAGCAUUCCUGUCCUCCAUGGAGACUUCAGCCAGUGAGCCCCAGACUCUGUCAGUGUUCCAGCCUCAGACCCAGCAGCAGCAGCAGAGCACCCCCAUGGACCAACAGCAGUCCCCCCAGCAGACACAACCACAGCAAACCCAGCAGCAGCUUCCCAUGGCUCAGCAGGGCUCCUUGUUCCAGACUAGCACUCUGUCCCCCAGCCAGCACCCUCAGCCCCAGCCCGCAGACCUGCUCCUCUGCACCGCCUCCCUCAACCCCCAGGCUCUGCCCCCAGCCCUCCUCUUCAGUACCCAGGCCCAGAGCCCCUCCAUGGGCAGCAGCAGCACCCCUCACCCCCAGGACACCCCUGCUCCCCUCCUGUUCUCCCAGCCCACCAUGGUGGGGAUCAGGGUAGGGGUGGCCCAGUCUGACCCAGCAGAGCCCAUGUCCUUCCAGGACCAGAGCUCCACAGUAGGGGGGACCCCUGCCUCCAUCAAUCCCUCUCAGCAGGGCCUGUUCCAGGGGCAGCAGCCAAUGCAGGUGGGCUCCAGCUCAGGCAGUGGCCCUGCCAGUCAGCAGGUGGAGCUGUUCCUGCCACAGGGUUCUCUGUCUGGUCUGCAGAGCAGCAUGGCCACGCAGGAACUAGAAAACCAGGCUGCAGCAGCUGCAACCAUCUUUGUGAUGCAGAGCGGGCUGGGGGUGGUGGGGCUGCAGAGUACCACCUCCUCCCCCGGUCAGAGACCCCCAGAGCAGCUGUUCCAGACGGGAGUGAGCGGGAACGUCAGCCAGCCAGGAGGACAACCCAACCUGUUUGUGUUCGGCCUCCAGAAUGGUGAGAUUUUAUUUUAUAUAUACUGUAUAAAUUGUUUUAAAUGUUAAAAUAAUAUUUGUGUGACAUCCUCCUCUACUAUUUCUCCUCAGAUUCCUCCCAGCUGAUGACGUCCUCUGGUCCUACACUGUCAGCCCAGGGCCAACCCCAGAACCCCAACCCUGUGCAGGCAAGCCACAUCCAGUCUCUACUGGACCCAAACAUAUCCCAGACAGCCACACCCAUGCAGACUAACCUUCAGACACCCAUGCAAAGUAGUCUACAAAACACCAUGAGUAGCUUAGAAAACGCCAUGCAGACCAACCUACAGACCCCAAUGCAGACAAACACACAUACUGCAAUGCAGACCAAUAUACAGACUGCCAUAGAAACUAGCCUGCCAACCCUCAUGCAGACCAACGUCCAGACUAGCUUACAGAACGCCAUACAGACCAACAUGCAGACGUCCAUGAGCACCUCCCAGAACAUGGAGAAGAUGGAGGACCUGCUGGAGAGUCUACAGAAACAGUGA